GUUCAAAGCCUCAGAGCAUCAGAUGACACUGUACAUUGAAAAAUCCAAGCUGCCCAUGCUUCACUAGGAAGUGUGGUGAGGAAGAGCAGAGGACCCAAGGCUCCGCAGGACAUUCUUCCAGUAAGCUGUGUGGAGGAUCUGGCUCUGACAGCUGAAGUGGUACACUGAUCUUGGGGACAUCAAAUGGUAUGGUGUCAGGUUUGAAAGAAGGUUGAGCACACCUGCAGUACAAUAUUUUGGAUGUCAGUAAGUCUGCAUGGGUUAAAACAGAAUCCGGAUAAAUUUACAGAAGAAAUAACUCAACAGGUUUCAGAUGCAAAGGAAAUCCCCGAAAUGCAGAUUCACAGGGGUGAAUUCAUAUUGCUGAUGCAUCCAGUGAAGCCAGAGAGCUCCCAGUUUAUGCAAGAAGCAGCAUUGUGUCCCUGCUGACAGCUGCCAGUGAGCAGAUCUUCUCUUCUGUGGUGUUCAAGUGUCCCUGCAAUUCUGGGAACAUGCUGUAUGGCUCUGUCUUCCUCAUGGUGCCUGCCUUCAUCCUCUUGCUGCUCGGCUACAUGGUGAAUGCCAGGACAUGGCGCCUGCUGACAGGCACCUGCCCUCCGGAGAAGUGCCGUGACUGCAGCCCCAGGGGAACCUGUGCCCGCUACUGCCAGGUAUUGGUACCAGUGACAGCCAGAGCCUUGGUGGCUCCACUCACCUGGAUAGCCGUGGCCCUGCUCAACGCCAACUUCUACGCGUGUGCAGCCAGCGGGAACAGCCUGAUAAAGGAUCUCAUCUGUAAAGAUCAAGGACAAGAGUGCCAAAACCUGCUGUUCAAAAUACCCUGUGAUGAGAAGUUAUCAACAAACAUAUCAAGUGAACUUCUUAGCCUUAAGGCACAGUCCCAGCUGAUAGGGUGGUUCCUGAUAGCCUUCAUCAUCACUGUGGCACUGAUUUCAACAUGUGUCAGCCGCUGUUGUUCCCCAGUCAGCUAUCUUCAGCUCAAGUUCUGGAAAAUUUACUCAAAAGAAGAACAGAAACUCUUUGAGAUCAAAGCCAAGGAGCAUGCAACCAAGCUGGCAGAAAGAAAUACAAAUUGCUUUUUUGAAGCCACUGACCCAGCACCAUUUCAUACUCCCAGCAACGAAGACUGGAAGAAGAUUUCAUUCUUGUAUACAUUCAAUUCACAAGAGCAGUAUUACAGCAUGAUACACAAGUAUGUGAACACAAACAGAGGCAACAGCGCCAACUUUGAGGAAGGCGGUCAAAAUCCCACUGUUUUAGGAUUUGUUGAUGAAACAGAUGCAAUUGAUUCAGGGUUUUAGUGAAACAAAUCCUUUGCAAUGCUGGCAGUCUUUUAACCAGAAGAGUCUUAUUCUGUGUUCCUCUGUGCUGAAAUCUAUGUAAACGUUAUGUAAAAGAUGAUACUUGUAACCCUCAGCAGAUUUGGUUUUAAAUAGACUUUAUUACUUUUGCUUAAAUACAUUUAAAUAAAUACAUCUGUCACAAUGGGACUUUUCAUAUGUUGUUGUUCAUUAAGAAGAGCCAUAUGUUUAAAAUUAUCAGCAUUUGAAAAGAUGUCAGCACAUACUAUGUCAGAUUAUUACCAAACAGCUUAAGGGCACUUGGCAG